CCGGAUUUCAAGGCCCGUCAGUCGCGCUCGUUCGGUUUAUCUUGACAGAAAUCAAAUCGAUCAGAUCGAGCUCAGUAUCGAUGCAGUAAUGCUCGCACAGCAGCGAUUUUGUGAACUUUAAACACGUCUGCAGUGAUGGCGUCAGGUCCAGAGACGGUGCACUACAUCCACCUUCAUAACUCCAGUCAGUCUGUGCUGGAGGCUCUGAGGUCACAGCGACGCAAGGGUCUCUUCUGUGACGUCACCGUGCGCAUCCAUGACGCCUCGCUGCGGGCUCAUGCGUGCGUUCUGGCAGCGGGAAGCCCAUUCUUCCAGGACAAACUGCUGCUGGGUCACUCCGAGAUCUCGGUUCCUCCUCUGGUGCCCGCGGAGACGGUGAAGCAGCUGGUGGAUUUCAUGUACAGCGGCUCGCUGGUGGUGCUGCACUCACAGGCGCUCUGCAUCCUCACCGCCGCCUCCAUCCUGCAGAUCAAGACCGUCAUCGAUGAAUGCACGCAGAUCAUCUCGCAGAGACGCGCCGCCGUGGGGGCCGGAGGCACAGGGCCGCUGGGAAGCACUCUCCCCAAACAGGAGGAGGUGGGCGGCGGAGGUGAUGGGAAGGGGCGGGAAAGCAGCGCGCUGCAGGGCUUCGGUUAUGGCAUGCCAGCCGACUGCGGCUCGGCGGCGGAGAUGGCGGCCGCUCUGAGCGCCGGGGCCCAGGGGGACGGCAGCGGACUGGAGGGUGGUGUGGGUCCUUUGAUGACCAUCGGUGAGCUGGGCAGAGCAGGCCUGUGUAGAGGGGAGGGGCUGGGUGUGGCAGGGGGCGGGGCCAUGAUGAAGGCACCCAGUUGCUCGCAGGAGAUCAACUACAUGCUGAACCCCAACGUGGAGCGCAGCAUGAGCUCACAGAACAUUGCGGCCAAUGAGCGCCCUCAGAUCACCUCUCCAGCCGGCAUUGGGCGUGGUGGGGGGGUGGAGUAUGGUGAUGUGGGGGAGGAGCUAGUGGGGAGCAUGGACAGAUACAGCGAAGAGGACGAGAGGGAUGUGCAUGACGGAGAGAGAGACAGACAGACGGCGCACACGCGCAAACAGAGACAGCCGCUGAGACUGCAGGUGUUGGGGGGAGAGGAGGUGGUAGUGAAGAAUGAGGGGGUGCCGGAAGGGGAGGGGCUUUUUGAGAUGGAUGACAGAGGAAGUGCAUCCCACCAGUCGGCAUACUCGCAGGGUGGUUUCUACGAGGAGGCCGCAGUGUUCUCAGGUGGUUUCUGGUCUCAGGCGGAUCCGCAGGCCUCUCUAGGCCCAAACCCUCGCGCACGAGUCAACAAACCACUCACCCCACCGCCUCCACCCUCUCAGAAUCUGAGCAGUCAGAUGCUUUAUCAGUUCCCUGCCAGCGAAACGCAGUCCUCCUCCUCCUUCUUUGUCGGAGGACCCAUGGUUAUCGAUAACUUGGCAGAUUCCUGUCAACAAGCUCCGCCCCCUGCUCCCCUGACCCCAGCUCCGCCUCCUCCCACCCCGGCAUGCGUCGCCGGUCUGAGCUUCACGCCGCAGGCUUCUGAGACGUCCUUCGACUGCAGCCACUGCGGAAAGUCGCUGCGCUCACGCAAGAACUACAGCAAGCACAUGUUUAUCCAUUCUGGUCAGAAGCCACACCAGUGCAGCAUCUGCUGGAGGUCUUUCUCUCUGCGCGACUAUCUGCUCAAGCACAUGGUGGUGCACACGGGCGUGCGUGCGUUCCAGUGCUCCGUGUGCAGCAAACGCUUCACGCAGAAGAGCUCCCUCAAUGUGCACAUGCGCACGCACCGCGUGGAGCGCACCUUCACCUGCGGCGUGUGUCACCGUGCCUUCACGCACCGCACGCUGCUGGAGAGACACGCCCUUCAACAUCAACACCCCGCCCCGCUCAAACCCAACACCAGUCACAUGGAGCAGGGCGGUGGUGGCAUGGGCGGAGCCAGCAGUCAGGGCCCCGCCUCCUGAAGUGUAGGAUUUAAUCCCAGAGCUUUAACACACACACACACACGCAUUUACAGCAGCUGCGGUGCCAUCCUCUGUGACGGUUCGCGACGCCUCUUAAACCUCGAAAACCUCAUGAAACACACAAACCUCAUUGAGUGACUCACACUAAACACAACGCACACCUCCUGACUCCGUUUCUUCAAACAGGACUCAUCAGAAACCACAGUGACCUCAGGACCAGAAGAGACACUUCACACAUGAUUACCUCCAUUUUUAUUUCAACAUCAGCCUCCAUUUUUACAUUUUUUAUCUACUAUAUGCAUAAAUAUGAUCUUGAUAUUUUUAUGUUUAUUGUUAUGUACGGGUUUUGGCUUGGAUGCUGCGCGCUUGCGGUAGAUUUUCUGCGUUGUACUCUGCUUUGUUUUCUGUAUCCAGCAUGCACUUGUGUUACGCUGCAUGAACGCUGCAUUAAAUGCCUUGUGAUGUUUCCA